UAACAACAGCUGAUUUUGACACAGCGAUCAGAGAACGUGCACUUUUCAAUAAAUUUUCAAAUAUAAACAAAAGGGAGAAAUAAUAAUAUAAAAAUGGUGCAAGGAAAGUUUAAAAAAGCUAAAUUACCAGCCAGCGUGCAAAAGAAACAAAAGCAGGCAAAGGCGAAGCCAUUUACAAGAAGGUCCAAUGCACCCAUACAGCCAAAAAAAGCGAAAUUCAAUGAACAACAAAAAAUUAAAAAUGCUAUUUCAAAAACUGUAAAUAAAUCAGUUGAAAAUGAAUUGCGUUCUCGUGCCGUUGAAGGGCAAAUUAAACUGAGCAAAGCACAGGAAGCAGUGGCAAAAUAUCAUCAGGCGAAAGCUGCAACGGAGGCAGGACCAUCUUCUUCAGCGUCGUAGUAUAUGUACGCUCUGGUUUGAUUUUUGAAUUAUAUACUGAUUGCUUGGAAAAUAAUGUGAACUGGUAGAGCGUAAACUAUUCUCCUUGUUACAACGGAAAAUUAUAAAUUCAAUUUUA